CUAAGCAGGCUAUAUUUACAUAGGUAACGCUCACAUGCAGGGGCGGACUGACCAUUUGGAAACUCGGGGCACUGCCCAAGGGCCUGGGGUCAGUAGGGGGCCCCAUGAGUUGCCCCUGGUACCUUUUUCAUAGGCUUUUUUGAGUUUGGGCAAGGACACAGGGGCCCCAUGAUCCCCUAUUGCCCGUCGGCCCCAUGAGUUGUCAGUCAGCCUCCGGUCCGCCCCUGCCGAUGACUGAAUAU